UAGAAUAGGAUCGCCAUCGGAUGCAUCCUGAUGGAUUUCACUCCACAUAGUUAUCGGAACAUCGGUAUGGGUGAUCGUUUUCAGAAGAUCUUGCUAAAAGAUUAUUAAACACUUCCUGUUAAAUUUAUAAGACUGUUAGAAAAAUUAUCCACCAGAAUGACAUUAGCGAACGUCUUAAGAUGAAUCCGCCGAUGUCACUACAACUCGUCCAGAGUCUUUCGAUAUGGUGCGAGCGCAGUCUGCGUUUUUAUUGACUAGACGAGAAACGCCAAAGCAAACCGCCAGCGAACGCCAUCAACCGCUCAGACAAAUCGAUAAACCGGCGCGAGCUAUUGCGGCAGUGUCGAGAAUUUCCAAAGUCUAACCCUCGAUAGGGAGAACAUCGACUUUCCUUGAAGCGGACAACCGGCGGUCAGGAUGAUGACUUGUUGGGUCCUUGUCGGAGUCUUUGCGGCCAUAGUACUCAUUUACGGCCUCAUUGAGCUACAUUAUUUCCUGCGUAUCUUCUUCACCGUUUUCCUUGCACGCUAUUGCAAGAAAAGAGUACACAUUCUCGACGAAACAGUAGUUUACGGAAUUUGCACCACCACCGACGUGGACGCUCUCUUAUAUCAUAUGAACAACGCAAGAUAUCUUCGCGAGCUUGAUUUUGCGAGAGUCGAUUUCUAUGAGAGAACAGAUUUAUAUCGAGAGGUUUGUUCCCAAGGAUCGGGCGUCGUGCAAGGAGCUACAACUAUACGCUACAGACGCUUUAUUAAGCCGUUAAUGAUAUUUAAAAUAACGUCUAAGAUUAUUUAUUGGGAUGAAAAAAGUUUCUUCAUGGAGCAUCGAUUUAUUACACCGAGCGAUGGUUUCAUAAGAGCUAUCGCGAUUUGCAGGCAGAGACUUCUUGAUUGUAGUGCGGAUACUGUUAUCGGCGCUUUAUUGAAUCGCAGAGUGAAGCAGAAAGGAAAUGUUGAAGCAGGUGUUACACAGGUACCUCCUGUGCGACCAGAAAUGCCACCCGAAGUGAGCAGAUGGAUAGAGAGUAACGAGAUAUCCUCAGCAAUGUUAAGACAAGAGCCAAUUAUUACGACACAUUGCUGACAAAAGGACGCCACGACGUCCAACAGUGGCGUCGUUGCAGCGCCGAUAUACACAACUACGACUGUGUAAUAAAUCGGAAUGCGAUAUAUAUUCUUGAUCUCCAAUUUUCAAUCAUCGGAUGACAUCUUGGCGGGAUUCCGGAAUGAUAUUAAUUUAGCGAUUCUAGUGACUCGAAUGUUUAAUUAUUUACGACACGACAGAAAACUUGGCGCGUAAAAUUUUCCUGGUAAAGUAAAUGAUAAAAAUAAUCUAUGAUAAGACCCAUUUAUGAGACCUAAAGUUUUAAACCUCUCAUUAACACGGAAUAAAAUCGUUAAUAUAAUCGCAGAGAGCGAUUUUUUCCUCUUACUGAUAAUCUACUAAAAUAUGAAUGAGAUGAAAAAAAUAUCUUAAAAUUAGCAAAAUUUAGAAAUUUUUGAAACAAAAAUUUCUCACGCUCAAAAUUGCUUUUGUCAUCUUUAUAUAUUAUAAUUAUAUAA